GCGGCGCGGCGGGCCCGGGGGCGACGCGGCGGCGGAGGGGCGGGCGGGCCCACGGCGCGGCGUCCCCUGCGCCCCCCGCCCCCCCGGCGACGGCGGAGAAUGAGCGCCUGGGGCGGCCGAGAGCAGCCGGAGAAUAAGCCCCGGUGAUCUCGGGCCGAUCCCGCACCCGCGACCAUGUCGGUGGCCUUCGCGUCCGCCCGGCCGAGAGGCAAAGGGGAGGUCACGCAGCAGACUAUCCAGAAGAUGCUGGAUGAGAACCACCACCUGAUCCAGUGCAUCCUCGACUAUCAGAGCAAGGGCAAGACGGCUGAGUGCACCCAGUACCAGCAGAUCUUGCACCGGAACCUCGUCUACCUGGCCACAAUCGCGGAUUCUAACCAGAACAUGCAGUCCCUGCUGCCCGCCCCGCCCACCCAGAGCCUGACGCUGGGCCCCGGAGGGCUGUCCCAGAGUGGCUCGGGCCAGGGCCUGCACGCGCAGGGCAGCCUCAGCGACGCCAUUGGAGCGGGCCUGCCGCCCUCCUCCCUCAUGCAGGCCCAGAUCGGCAACGGUCCGAACCACGUGUCCCUGCAGCAGACGGCGCAGAGCACGCUGCCCACCACCUCUAUGAGCAUGUCCGGCAGCGGCCACGGCUCGGGGCCCGGCUACAGCCACUCGGGCCCGGCCUCGCAGACCAUCCCCCUGCAGGGCCAGGGCGCCAUCAGCAACUACGUGUCCCGGGCCAACAUCAACAUGCCGUCCAACCCAGUGUCCAUGAUGCACCAGCAGGCGGCCUCGUCCCACUACAGCACGGCGCAGGGCGGGAGCCAGCACUACCAGGGCCAGUCCAUGGCCAUGAUGGGCCAGACCGGGCAGGGGGGCAGCGUGAUGGGGCAGCGGCCCCUGGCGCCCUACCGGCCCUCCCAGCAAGGCUCGUCCCAGCAGUACCUGGGCCAGGAGGAGUACUACACCGGCGAGCAGUACGGCCACGGCCAGGCCGCCUCAGAGCCCAUGAGCCAGCAGUACUACCCCGACGGACAUGGCGAUUACGCCUACCAGCCGGCGUCCUACACGGAGCAGAGCUACGACCGGUCGUUCGAGGAGUCCACGCAGCACUACUACGAGGGCGGAAACUCGCAGUACAGCCAGCAGCAGGCGGGGUACCAGCAGGGCACGGCCCAGCAGCAGACGUACUCCCAGCAGCAGUACCCCAGCCAGCAGGGCUACCCCGGGCAGCAGCAAGGCUAUGGGCCUGCCCAAGGCGCCCCCUCGCAGUACUCCAGCUACCAGCAGGGACAAGGCCAGCAGUACGGAAGCUACCGAGCGUCUCAGACGGGCCCGUCAGCCCAGCAGCAGCGGCCGUACGGCUACGAGCAGGGCCAGUACGGAAAUUACCAGCAGUAAAGGAUGAGCAACCUUGUCGAGACUUGUGGCAGCAUGUCCGUCUGGGAUGGACAGGCCGGUGACAGUUCUGAUGAGCUGCGGCCCGCAGGCUACCCCUGCGCCCCACGCAGCGUCUGCAUGUGAAACGUGCACAUUUGACGUGGGGUAGGACACCGAGCGUGCACCGCUGGUGCGAGACAGCGCUUCGAUGGUGUGACAUAUUUGGUGCUGUGUAUAGUAUUGUAUGUCCAUGCAACGGAGAGGUGGUCCCUUUUUGUCCCCUGCCCCCAAUGUUUCUAGCUAGCUUUAGGGGUCCUUCUGUCAUCAGAGUGUUCUGUGUCCAGCGAUGGGACACACCUACAAGAGGCCAUAGUCCACGCACGCGUAUAAGCAGACCUUAGGUCUGACUCUUCUCACGCACCUGUCGUACUGUGGGCUGUAAACUUGUCAUUCACUGGCCGCACUGCAGCUGGACACGUGUACGCAGCCCCUGGGUGGCAGCCUCUUCCUGCACCUCGAGGAGGGGAGGGGCGGGAGGCAUCGUCUGUGAUUUGCGUCAGUUUCUGUUACACGCUGGAAAGGAUAAAUAAGCUUCAUUUGGAGAGGCUGUGAACCGUUAUUUCCAGAGCUCACUCGUUACCUGUGUCUCUCACCAAUUCUGUUUAUCCAAAAAGUUAUACGUUUUUGUAUUAAAAAGUAAAGAGGUAUCAAUGACUAUGUUCCAAGUAAAUAAGAAUCCACGAAGGCAACGUGUGAUUAGCCUGCCCCAGUAAGAGUGGCAUUGCUGAAGGGAAGAAAGGGUAGCUCUCUGGAAUUACUUUGGCUUUGCCCCUUGUUUAUCUGAUGGUCAUUUCUGGAAUUUUAAUAUUUAAUAUGCCCAAUUCUAAAUUUAUAAUUUAAAAUCCUGACACCAAAUUUUCCAAACAGUUGGCAAGUUGUUUAUUUUAUACUACUUCUUUCAGGACCUACUUAUUCAGAUCUCCAAGCAAGCGUUCCUUUUCUUUUAGGCACAUCUGAAAUUCACAUCUAAUUUUUUAAAAGAACACCACUGAUUUUACUAUGUUCUUCCUAAUGAGAAGGAAAGCUCUUAGGUAGAGAAAUUUGAAUAACUUUUACGUUCCUAGGACGUUAAAUACCUUUUAACUUCUGUGCAGACAUUAAGGACAGCUUGUGUGGAAAAAGUCAGGUCAGAGGAAAAAUUCUACAUUUCACUAGUAAGUCGUAUGAACAUUUUAACAACCUUUACUUGGAUAAAAAUAUCUGUAUUUAUGAUGACCCCUUUGAAAACAUCUUUGGGUAAAUGCUGACAUAUUUCCAAGACAACCAAGAAAAUUUUUUAAAAAUCUAAUUCUUCAUAUAUCAGGUCUACUGAAGGUGAUAUUUUAAUUUUUGUUUUAAAAAUUUAAAGUAGUUCUUUAUCCAGAAUUGAAUGCUCUACAGUUUACAAGGCACGUUUAAUGUGUUUUUACUGGAAUGAAUUCCUACAGUCCAUACCGGGAACAGGGCAGCAAUUACUGUUGCUGUGUUCCAGACGAAGCACCAGGGCUCAGAGGAAAGAAAGGGCGGGUCGAGUACAAGUCCUGUCCUAAGACCUUCUCCCCUCUCUGUGGAGACAGCCACACGUAUAUUGGGAUGGAAGUGUUUAUUUUGUAGACUAUGGGUUUUAGAAACCCUUCACAGUGGUAAGGGCGUAAAAAUACAUCUCUGUAUUAAAUUACUGAGAGUCCUUCAUUGCUAAAUGACACAUUCAGGAAGUCAUUUCCCUUGAUUUUGUUCUGUUCUUUCCAGACAAUUUUCAUAGAACUGAUUUGCAAACUCAAUUGGGGAUUAAAAUUUCCCGUUGAAAAUGUUAAAUAUUUCAGAGAACUGUGAAAAUAGUGUUUUAUUCCUUACCAGUCUAGGAAUAUGCCUUUUAUUUAUUUUUUAAGUGCUGUGUUAACACUUUUUGAAGGAAAAGGACACAAAAACACUUACGCCGAAACUUCAAUCUGAAAUGUCUUACAUUAAGAACUUCUUGAAUGUUGUGUAUAUAUUUUAAAAAGCACUUUGUGAGAUCGUUUGUACAUUUAUUUCCUAAUUUAUACAUGACUGUUGGUGUUGAUAUAUCUAAUGAUUAAUAACA